GCUUCUCCCGUGUAGGGGCGGAGCAGCGCCCUAGACUAGGAAUAAUUGUAGAUGGUGACGCCCUGAAAAGUGGAGGGUGGUGCUCAGUAGUGGGGAAUCGCCCGGUGACCCCGCAGGGUGGCUGGCUCAAGCUUCCCUCGAGCAGAAUGGGGCCUUCUCGAGGUCUCGAACCUGUGGUCAGCCAGGAGGAGGGGUAGUGGUUUAGCUUGUGUGUUUUAUUUCCGGGUGCCACGGUUACGACACCGGAAGCCGGAAGCGGGGGUUUCCACGGCCGAGAAAGGAAGAACAGUCGACUGACAGGGACUUUCUGGGGGACGACGUUUCCCUUGUAGCGCUCGCAGUCCCUUGCUACCUCUCGCUUCACGGCUGACCGAUUCGGCUGACAGGUGUGGUCCUCUUCUCCAAAGACACAGCUCCUUCGGCGAACGUCCCGGUGCUUCUGAGACUGCAGACGUCCAGGGUCACCCCCCCUCCGUUGUUGGGCCCCAGUAGCUCACUUGUUGGAUGAGCAGGCACCUCUGGAAGAAUCAGCUGUGUGAGAUGGUGCAGCCCAGCAGUGGCCCAGCCGGGGACCAGGACGUGCUGAGUGAAGAGUCUUCUCUGGGGAAGCCAGCCAUGCUGCAUCUGCCUUCAGAGCAGGGCAACCCUGAAACCCUGCAGCGUUGUCUCGAGGAGAAUCAAGAACUCCGAGAUGCCAUCCGGCAGAGCAACCAAAUGCUGCGAGAGCGCUGUGAGGAGCUGCUGCAUUUCCAAGUCAGCCAGAGGGAGGAGAAGGAGUUUCUCAUGGGCAAAUUCCAAGAAGCCAAACAGCUUGUGGAGAGGCUUAAUCGAGAGAAGCUUGACUUGAGGAGGCAGAGGGAGCAGGCCCUAAAGGAUUUGGAGCACCUAAAGAAGUGCCAACAGGUAGCUGGUGGGCAGGAAAUGGCUGAGGACAAGGCUUCUGUGAAAGCCCAAGUGACAUCAUUGUUGGGAGAGCUCCAGGAGAGCCAGAGUCGCUUGGAGGUUGCCACCAAGGAACGACAGGCUUUGGAGGGCAGGGUGCGGGCAGCCAGCGAGCAGGUCAGGCAGCUGGAGAAUGAGCGGGAGGCAUUGCAACAGCAGCGCAGCGUGCAGGUGGACCAGCUGCGCAUGCAGAACCAGAGUGUGGAGGCUGCCCUGCGCAUGGAGCGCCAGGCUGCUUCGGAGGAGAAGCGGAAGCUGGCCCAGUUGCAGGUGGCCUAUCACCAGCUCUUCCAAGACUAUGACAACCACAUCAAGAACAAGCGAGGAAUGCAGCUGGAGGAUCUCAGGCAGAAGCUUCAGCAGGCUGAGGAGGCCCUGGUAGCGAAGCAGGAAGUUAUCGAUAAGCUGAAAGAGGAAGCUGAGCAGCACAAGAUUGUGAUGGAGACUGUGCCAGUCCUGAAGGCGCAGGCGGAUAUCUACAAGGCUGACUUUCAGGCUGAGAGGCAGGCCCGGGAGAAGCUGGUAGAGAAGAAGGAGUUUCUACAGGAGCAACUGGAGCAGCUGCAGCGGGAGUUCAGCAAGCUGAAGGCUGGCUGCCAGGAGUCAGCCAGGAUGGAGGAUAUGAGAAAGCGGCAUGUAGAGGCUUCCCAGCCUCCUUUGCCACCUGCCCCAGCUCACCACUCCUUUCACCUGGCCUUGCCCAACCAGAGGAGAAGCCCUCCGGAGGAGCCGCCUGAUUUCUGUUGCCCGAAGUGCCAGUAUCAGGCUCCAGAUAUGGACACUCUACAGAUACACGUCAUGGAGUGCAUUGAAUAGGAUUGACAGAUGCAAGGCCACCUGCAAAUGCCAUGUCCUAGACAGUGCAACCUGUUCUUUUCUCUCCUACCUGCCUAGUCCAGAAUUAAAAGUUCUGUGUCAAAGAGCAUACUCCAGGAGCUGGCAGUAGGGCCCUUGCUUCAGUCCCUUGGCUUGCUAGUUCCCCUUGUCUGGGUAUACAACCCGAAGCUCUGUUCUUUUCCUUUUCUUUUGUCUAUUAAAGCACUAGCCUCUGGUGAACUUUCUCCCCCCACAAACUCCCCAGGGAGUCCAGAGUGGAGGCCUAGGGGCUCCCAGGAAGCACUUCUCCAAGCAGAGCUGAGCACAGUUCUGCCUCCUUGUAGCUGGUGCCUUAUAUACCUUGAGCUCCAGGAUUUCCUCCUGAGUCGUGUUGGGCUCUGUCUGGGGCCCAUCCCAUGAUGAAUUUAGCCAGUUGCCACUGAUAGACAUUUGGGUUGUUCCUAGUCCUUUUGUGGCCAUAAAUGAUGGGGCAGUCAAAAUGCUUGCUCACUAAUAAUGUGUGUGUUUGGGACAUAUCUGUAGAUGUGGCCAGGGAGGAAGUGGUCAGACUUAGGUUUCUACCAUAUACUAGGUAUGCUGUUCUCUAUUGAGUGAGCUUAAACAUUUUUUCUAAGGGACACAGGCCCUUUUCAGUUCCUCUGCUAAAAAUGGGCUGUUCAUAUUUUCUGUGCAUUUUCCUACUGGCCAUUAGCUUUUGUUUCUGGGUUUUUAGGAGCCCUUUGGUCAUCAGCUAGAUUAGCCCUCUCCUGUCACAGAAAGUAUACAUAUCUUGUCUCACUGUGGUUGUGCUACUCUAUUUUGGCCUUGAAGAUAUUUUAUUUUUAAUUUUUGUUUUUAAGGUUUUACUCUCGCCCAGUCUGACCUGGAACUCAUUCUGUGGGUCCAGGCUGGUUUCAGACUCACAACGAUCCUCCUAUCUCUGCCUCCUGAGUACUGAGAUUAAAGGCGUGCACCACCACACCUGGCUCUUUUAUUUUUUAUGUGGUCAUGUUUUUCCAUUUUAUUCCAUUGCUUUGUCUUUGCAGUUGUGUGCUCUUGUCUCUGCGAAGCAUAUUCUGCACGAAUGGUGGUGGCCAUAAUUCAUCAUGUUACAGAAAUGUGUGAUGUCAUGUCCUACACCAGCCCUAAGUGCCCAUCUUGAAAAUGGAAGCUAUUUGACAGUAACUGGUAGAUUAUGAAUAAAGGGACUCUCCAUCUGUUUUGCACACAUCUGGCCUUUUUUCUAGUACCUCACAACCCACAUGUAACCCUGCAAUCUUAGUAAAGGAAAGCAAGUUGAGAAUGACUACAACACAUGCAUUGCUGACUCCUCAGGCCUGGGCCCUCCUUCCUUUCCUCCAAGCUUCCUGGUUGUGAAUGAGAUGCUAUGAGUCUAUCCAUUUUAAAAAUAAGCCUGAGCUGGAGGCUUUCUGUCACCAUGGGUACAGGGUGGGCAGUGAAUUUUCUGUAUCCUAAAGUCCAGGUGUCUAUCAGAUAGUACUUAAGGGAAAUGUUAAAGGCACAGACAAGUUUUUUGCUAAUGAAUUCUGCAUUGAAAUCCCUAUCUUGUAAUUUUCUGACAAGAGAUCUGUUGGUUUGGUUUGGUUUUGUGGUGGUGCAUGACUUUUCUGUGUGGCUGAUGUAACAACUUUCUACAGACUUGGUGGCUUGAAAGAACAAAAAUUCAGUUUCACAUUUUGUUAGCCUUAAGUUUCUUUUAGAAGCUCCGAGAGUAAGUUCCAGGCUUGUCUCCUCUCCUAGGUUUUGGUGGUUUCUGGUAGCCCUUGGUAUACUUUGGUAUAUAGACCCAUUACUCUAAUCUUUGCUUCUAGGGCCACAUGGUCCCCUCUUCCUCUGUCUGGUUUCUGUCUCAUAAGUAAACCAGAUUGUAGAUGUGGGGGUCCAUCUGGAUGAUCCAAGAGGAUCUCUAGUUUGAGGUCCUUACCUACCUACACCUACAAUGACCCUUUUCCCAAAUAAGAUCAUAUUUACCAGUUCUGGGAGUUUGGGCUUGCACAUCUCUUAGGAGCCAUCACUUGACCUAAAGUGGAGACAUCUUCAGAGACUGUAGGUGGAUGAAAUUCAGUCUAAAGGAAGUGGCCUCUAAGACUUGAAGCUCCUCUAGAGGGACUUGGUUGCCAGGUUGAUUGUGACCAUUAGGCUGUGGAGUUUAGAGUAGGGAAGGCCCUUUCAGGUGUAAGGACACUUCCACCAGGACUAGUGGAUGGGAAAGUCAGUUAGGGAGCUAUUGGACUAUAUGCACCAUCUUCAGCUGCCAGCUGUGUUACAGUGGACUUCACAUUCCUCAAGAUGAACAGAUGUGCAUAGUAUUAUCUUCUGAAAGAGGCUCAGAAAGCUGGUGUGACCAGAAGCAGUGAGAGGCAAUUCUCCUGAGGAACUUUUCUAUGGAGGCAGCAGAAUCACCUGGGCGCUUGAAAAAUGCAUUGGUCUGGGCUUCCUGACCAGUUGAAUCAAUCUGAGGUUGGCCCUGACUACCCUUUCCAGACGCUGGAAGGCUUUGCUACAUGUCUGUAACACAGUAUGGUUUAAGUUUAACCACACAUUACAUACUAUGGAUUUGAGACUCUGCCAUCUUUCCUGAUGUGGGACAUUCUUCUUUUCUGGAAUAACUGGUUAGGCUCCUGUUUGAGGGAAUCAGCCUGACUGCCUUAUUAACUGACCUCUGGACCCAGCCAACUUAGUACCAACUCCCAACUGGAACCUCUGGUUCAUGCCCAAGAUAAAUCUAUAUGGCCAGUAAUAAGCCGUGUGAAAUUUUACCUGCAGUGGUAACUAAAGUGACAUAAAUGCACAUUGUAAGCAGAGAUGAUGUAAAAAUAGGAAUUGUAGCCCUAUGUGUGACACCCUCUGGCAAGGUGGCACCUUAUGUUGUCAUCCCUUUUAUAGGGGCUGUUGGAGGUGAUGGGACAAGUACUUAGGAAGCAUCCUCAGCCCUCUUCAUCCCAAGACAAUUAGGUUCUCAGUGACUAUUGUGUUGGAGUGGUUCUCAUGGCACUGUCUGUUGCCACCAAAGGCUGUGGUGAAAUGAAGCCAUAUAUCUGAUAACACAGGUCUAUAGGGCCAAUGUUUUGAAUGUUUUGUUACAUGGAACAUGCUCUGUAGUAUGAAAAGGUCAGGGGAUGCAGGGGAUGAAAUAUGUAUAAAGUGUGAAAUAAAGAUUUGCAAGUGUGUACCCUGCCAUCACUCAGGUGAUGGUGUGAUUACAAGUAAUAAAGUUUUGUUCUGUUUAUUUUU